GACCACCAUCACCUUCCUUCUUCCUCACUUGCUCUCCCUCUUUUCUCUUCUGAACCCACCUCUUCUACCUCCACCAAACCCUCACCAACAUUCCCUAAAGAGAUGAUGCAAGGUUACUUCAACAUGGGGCAAUGGCAGGAGCUCGAAGUUCAGGCAUUGAUAUACAGACACAUGCUCACUGGUUCACCCAUCCCUCAUCAACUUAUUCACCUUUUACUCAACUCAAACUCCACCUCCAACUCUUCUUUUUACCCUCUUUCCAACUUCCCACCUUUGUACCAGACAGGAGGAGGAUACUGGGGACGAGGAGGAAUGGAUCCUGAGCCAGGAAGGUGUAGGAGAACCGACGGCAAGAAAUGGAGGUGUUCGAAAGAUGUGGUCGGUGGACAUAAGUACUGUGAGCGCCACAUCCACCGUGGUCGCAACCGUUCAAGAAAGCCUGUGGAAAUCCCCACACCGACUACGAGCACAGUAGGCGGCGGUGGUGGUGGUGAUUAUGGCGGUGGUGUUGUUAAAAAAUCAAAUAUUUCUAGUUAUGCUGCCGCCACCACCACCGCCACCGCCACCGGUUCUCUAUGUGGUGCUCAGCCGUAUACAACAGCUGGCGGAGGUAGCAGUGAUUGUGGUGGCGGUCUUUCGGGGCAUUCGUCUUUCUUUGAUCAACUCCAUCUCAAUCAAAGGAUCUCAAAAACUACUGUUGACAACAAAGGUAGUACCUAUAGAUCAUCGGAAAACGACAACAAAUCGUCAGAUGGUCGAAUUCUUCGUCCCUUCUUUGAUGAUUGGCCACGAACUGUUCAACAACAAGAAAUGUUAGCCACGAGUCUCUCGAUUUCGGUGCAAGGAGACACACCUUCGGAUUUCUCGUUGAAAUUGUCGACUGGAAACGGUGGUGAUAUGGGUCGUCGAGGUUUAGAAAGUAAUGAGGAGCGAGAACGUGGGCGAUUAAAUUGGGGGAUGCAAUGGGGUACUCAUCAUGGUGGUUCAAUGGGUGGACCGCUUGCUGAAGCAUUGAGGUCAUCUUCCACUUCCAAUUCUUCGUCACCAACCAGUGUUUUGCAUCAGUUGCAGCGUGGGUCGACUACUACUACUUCGGGGACCAGUUAUGUCAGCACUUGAUCAUGGAAGAUGGUUCAGAGUUUACACCAGUUUUAAUUGCAUUGUUUCUUUUUUUUCUUCUAGAAUUUCGUGUUGGUUUUGUUGUGUACACGUUGUCAAGAAUGAUCGUUGUUCUAACUAACUUUAACAGAUUGGAACCUAUUUUCUUUAUAUAUACAG